UUCUUUUAACAGUGUAGACUUCGAAGUUUGAACCGGGCGAUAAUGGAGUUUGAAGAAGAUGAACCGCCGCUCGCCGUUGAAAUUGGUGAUCAAUCCACUCCUAGUAACCCACCCCGUUCAUCUGAUGAAUCUAAUCAACAAUUGAGGGAAGUUUCGCAAGCAUCACCCGUCGGAGUCACCGUUAUUACCGGUUAUCUCGGAGCUGGAAAAUCUACUCUGGUGAAUUACAUACUGAGUACGCAACACGGGAAGAGAAUAGCAGUGAUAUUGAAUGAGUUCGGGGAGGAGAUUGGAGUUGAGAGAGCAAUGAUAAACGAAGGAGACGAAGGAGCUCUUGUCGAGGAAUGGGUUGAGCUUGCAAAUGGAUGCAUUUGCUGUACUGUCAAACACAGUCUUGUUCAAGCAUUAGAGCAACUUGUGCAGAGAAAAGAAAGGUUAGAUCACAUAUUGCUGGAGACUACUGGGUUAGCAAACCCUGCUCCCCUUGCUUCUGUUCUUUGGUUGGAUGAUGAACUUGAAUCUGAUGUUAGGCUUGAUUCCAUUAUAACUGUUGUGGAUGCCAAAAACCUCCGGUUCCAGCUACAAAGUCAUCGCGAUUCGUCUUCAUUUCCAGAAGCAUUUUCUCAAAUAGCAUUUGCAGAUGUGGUGAUUCUUAACAAGGUUGAUCUUGUUAGUAUAGGUGAUAAAGAAAGUGAACUAAAGGAACUUGAAAAUAUGAUACAUGAGAUAAAUUCUCUUGCGGAUAUAAUCCAUUCUGUACGAGGACAAGUUGAUUUGUCAAAGAUACUGAAUUUCCGAGCUUAUGAUUCCUCGCAUACAACUCAUUUAGAAGCCUUGUUAGAUGAAACUAAAUCUCUGACUACGAAAAGUAGUCUUCAUGAUGCUGGUGUUCGAACCUUUUGCAUAUCUGUGCCAGGACAAGUCAAUCUAGAUAAGGUGCGGUUAUGGUUGGAAGAAAUACUGUGGAAUAAGAUUUCUGCCAUGGAUAUCUAUAGAUGUAAAGGGGUUCUUUGUGUUGUAGACUCUGAUCAUCUGCAUACACUACAGGCUGUUCGCGAAAUAUAUGAGAUUGUUCCUACACGGAAAUGGACAAAGGAGGAGAGUCGGAUGAACAAGAUCGUAUUCAUAGGUCAAUCAAUCAAUGAAACGAUCCUCAUUGAUACGUUCCGAGAUUGCGUCGUGGCAAUUCCCUAGUCGUGUCUCACAAUCGAAUGCAGGCUCUGGGAUAUGGAUAAAGCGAGACGAAAGGCUGAAAUGGACAGACGAAGAAGACGAAGAACAAAAUGCUAUAAUCUUUUAGAUUAGUUUCUUAAGUUCUAGUAUCCAAUUUAAAACUGUUUUCUAGACACAAGGUAAUUGUUACUAAACUUAGAUCAUACUCUCUUUUUUUU